CACCGGGAGAAGUGAGUGAGGUUGUUGGGAUGGGAAACGAAACGAACGAACCAGCGAACCAGCGACGGCAAAACCACAGCUUUCUUUCCUUCUCGCAGUUCCCACACGGCCGAGGUGCGCUUCAGGCGUCUUAUUAUUUACUUUUUUCCUGCCAGCCAUCAAGCCAGCUAAACUUAUUCCAAGGGACGCCGGUUCUAUAGGCCCAUUGCCAGGCACCAACAAACCCCCCCAACAGGCGGACCAGGCAACCCGGCAGAUCCACCCUCGCGCGACAUUAUUGCCGAAGAUCUGGUCAAUGCCUCUGUAACCUUUUUGAAUCCAGUAGUAACGUUAUUUCUUUGCGCUCGGCUGGAGGAGAGCUGAAGCACCAAAAAGGGGAAAGACUGAGCGGAUUGGGUCUGUUCUAUGUAAUUUUUUUUAAGGCAAAUACUGAUAUAGUUAUAUAUAUAUAUAUAUAUAUACAUGCUUCCCUUGACACGCUCGUUCUACUCAAAAUAGGUUUCCCGUAUUAUCUCACCUCCAUUUAUCUAUCUACCAUUGUAGAUUAUUUCUACGGCAAUAUUCAACCAACUUCAAGCUGCGAUCUUUUUCCCGAGCCCUCGUCAGCCACAUUGUAUUGAUCCCCCAACCAGCCACAGCCUGGUUAGUCAGCAUCACCGGGUUGCUCCCCCCAGCUUCAACGAAUCCGACGCAUUGAAAGCUGCACAGCACAGCUAUUUCACCACCACUUCAACCUAACUCCUCCCACGACCGUAUCUCUCAACUCUUGUUCCCCUCGUUUCUUCCCGCUGCUGGACUGUCCGUAUACCCCUCUCUCUCUAACCCAGCAUGCCUGCCACCACUGCAGACACCUUGUCCAUGGUGACACGAACUGUCUCUGUCGCCCCGUUAGUCCUCCUCUCUGUCGCAGAUCAUUACGGACGCUCAGCCAAGGGAACGAGACGGCGGGUAGUUGGAGUACUGCUGGGCCAAAACGAUGGCAAGAAUGUCAGGGUUUCGAACAGCUUUGCUGUACCCUUCGAGGAAGAUGACAAGGAUCCCUCCGUCUGGUUCCUAGACCACAAUUUCGUCGAGUCGAUGAAUGAUAUGUUCAAGAAGAUCAAUGCUCGUGAAAAGCUCAUUGGAUGGUACCACUCCGGUCCCAAACUCAGAGCCGCUGAUCUGGAGAUAAAUGAGCUCUUCAAGAGAUACACACCAAAUCCCCUACUAGUGAUCAUCGACGUGCAACCAAAAGAGGUUGGCGUACCUACGGAUGCCUACUUUGCUGUUGAGGAAAUCAAAGAUGACGGCACCACCACAUCGAAAACUUUUGUUCAUACCCCUUCCAUAAUCGAAGCCGAAGAAGCAGAAGAGAUUGGCGUUGAACACCUCCUUAGGGAUAUAAGAGACGUUGCUGUCGGCACUCUCUCCACCCGCAUAACUUCCCAACUACAAUCAUUACAAGGCCUCCAUCUCCGGCUCCGAGACAUCGGGCAAUAUUUACAAAAAGUGCUAGACGGCGACCUGCCCGUCAACCACGCCAUUCUCGGAAACCUCCAGGACGUCUUCAACCUUCUCCCCAAUCUUUCCACCCCCAAGGCAAACAACACGCAAGUAAACGGAACGGAACAGCCACAGACCGAAAACACGGAGCUUGCACGCGCCAUGAGCAUCAAGACCAACGACCAACUUAUGGCCAUCUACCUCAGCAGUUUGAUCAGAGCCAUUACUGCCUUCCACGACCUUAUCGAGAACAAGAUUCAGAACCGCCAGCAGCAGGAGGAGCAAGACGCCAAGAAAGAAGAAGAAAAGAAUGGCCCCAUGACGAAUACCAACGGCAAUAAUAACACCAAUAAUACCAAAAACUCCAAGUCACCGCCUGGCAACAACGAUUCUAAGGAGGAGCAAGAGGGCGCGAAGGAUAAGGGGAAAAAGAAGGGAUGAUUUCGUUACUUUCCCCUCCCCCUCCCUUCUAUGCUCAUUGCUACAUCGCUCUUCUUUUCUUAAAAUCUAUCACGCCCUAUCAUGUCCCCUCCCCUUUUCCCUCCAUCACCUUCCGCUUUCUCCCUUGUGGUUCGCUAAUUCUAGCUCCCUUCCCGUCCCCAUCCAUGCCCUUGAUACCUUCUGUCAAGCAGCAUGAUAUCUAUUCAUGUAAAAUUUAAACGUCAUGAAAUAAAUUAGAGUCUAUACUCCUUGGCCACACCCUGUUUCUCCCCUUCCAUAUACCUAAUCUCUCUUUGCAGCGGGUUGUGACUGAGUGAAGGCAACAGUCUAUAUAGAUGUGCCGUAUGAUGAUGAAAGUGGACAUCGUUUGGUUUGGGUUAGCAAGAUAGAAAGCUUGGAGCGGGUAUGAAGGACGGCUUCUUUUCCUGCUCUUCUAUUUCUGAUGACACACAGAAAAGUCUUUUCAAAGUAAUGCAGCUGGUGGUUGUAACCAACUGAAUGGAGAUUUGGCCCUGCGCUGGCCUUUUUUUUUCGGUGUGCGGUCUAAUUUUCAUGUGAUAGGAUGAUAUAUAUCUAUGGACAGCUAGGUACGGUACACUGGUCCACCCUCGUUUAGUAGAACAAAAUACAGCGCUAGGGAAUAACCGGUGAUCAUAAUAACCCGACGGGCCAUAGCUAUUUGUAUGUACAUACAAUACAAUCUGCCACAGGACAGCCUACCCUUUAAGCUGCUCGCUCAAGCGGACCCUUACCCCGUAACAUGAACCUCCAACCAAACACUGUCAGCUACUGGGACAGAAGAGCUCAAUCACCACUAGUUAACACUGGAGGAAGAGGGGCUGGAAUACACACAGGAGAGCUAGCCUCGGUUGACAAAAACACCACUGAUAACGUUGAUUUAUGCUGAUCUACAAGGAGAUGAAGGAAAAAGCGGGGGAGGAGGGAG